AAAGACGUCACCGGCACCGGCACUUUCUGGAGUCACUACAGAAGCUGAGUCUGCCGCAAGCCAGCAUGAUCCUGACACUGCUCAUUGGCCUGGGGGGGCCCCUGGGCUGGGGGAUGCUGGGGACCUGGGCGCAGGCCCCUGGUACCAGAUUCUCUGAUCCACACCACCCUCAGCCCCCUGGUGUCUGGAGGGCAGGGGCUGAGGACACCGGCAGGGACCCUGUCAGACGUAACUGGUGCCCCUACCAGAAGUCCAGACUGGUCACCUUCGUAGCUGCUUGCAAAACCGAGAAAUUCCUCGUCCACUCACAGCAACCAUGUCCGCAGGGGGCUCCGAACUGCCAGAAGGUCAAAGUCAUGUACCGCGUGGCCCACAAGCCGGUGUACCAGGUCAAGCAGAAGGUGCUGGCCUCCGUGGCCUGGAGAUGCUGCCCGGGCUUUGCGGGCCCCGACUGCCAGCACCACGAUCCCAUGGCAACCCCUGAGCCUGAAGAUCCAGGUGAUAGCCUCCAGGAGCCUUGGGAUGGGCCAGUUGACUUUGAAUCUGGUCAUCCAGCUGUAGAGAUCCGCAACACAGUGGAGCAGCAAGAACGCCGACUGAGAGAUCUCCAGAAUGACAUCCACCAGAUGGCAGACAGCCUCCCAGGCCUGUGGGAAGCCUGGGCAAGCAACCUCACAGUGGCAACAACUGAAGCAAAUCAAACAGAGCUUGAGUUUCCAGCCAGAUCCUUGGAGCAAGUGCUACUGCCCCACAUCAACACCUUCCUGCAAGGACAUCUCAGCCCCAUGUGGAGAAGCUUCAACCAAAGCCUGCACAGCCUCUCCCAGGUCAUAAGAAAUUUAUCUCUUGAUGUGGAGGCCAACCGACAGGCCCUCAAGAAGGUCCAGGAGAGCUCUGUGGCCAGAGCUGACUUCCAGGAGCUUGGUACCAAAUUUGAGACCAAGGUCCAGGAGAACGCCCAGAGGGUGGGCCAGCUGAGGCAGGAGGUGGAGGACCGCCUACAUGCCCAGCGCCUGUCCAUGCACCAGUCCCUCUCAGAGGUCCAGACCGAUGUGGACAUCAAGUUGAAGAAGCUCCUUAAGGCCCAGGAGUCUGCGGUGAUCAAUAGCAGCGUGGUCCUGGCAGUAGCAGGGGCAGCAGCAAGGCCAGAGCCAGAGAGCCUGAACGCCAGGCUGGGCCAGCUGCAGAGGAACCUCUCCGCCCUGCAUGUGGCCACUGCCCACAGGGAAGAGGCGUUACAGAGCACCCUGGCAGACAUGAAGGCCACCCUGGCCCGGCACGUGGAUGAGAUCAAGGAGCUGUACUCGGAAUCGGAUGACACCUUCGAUGAGAUCAGCAAGGUGCAGCGGCAGGUGCAGGAGCUGGAGGUGAACCACACGGCGCUGCGAGAGCUGCGGGUGAUCCUGAUGGAGAAGUCACUGAUCAUGGAGGAGAACAAGGAGGACGUGGAGCGGCAGCUCCUGGAGCUCAACCUUACCCUCCAGCACCUACAGGGCGCCCACGCCGACCUCAUCAAGUACGUCAAGGACUGCAACUGCCAGAAACUCUACUUUGACCUGGAUGUCAUCCGGGAGGACCAAAGGGACACCACGCGAGCCCUGGAGGAGACCCAGGUGAGCCUGGACGAACGGCGCCAGCAGGACGGCUCCUCCCUGCAGGCCCUGAGCGACACGGUGGCCUCCCUAUCGCUGGCCGUGGACACGCACCAGGCAGAGAGUCAGCGGGCGCGGGCUGAGGCGGCACGGCUCCGGAGCCAGCUGCGUGCCCUGGGCGGCGAGGUGAGUGCGCUGCGGGCCAACGAGACCGAGAUCCGCCGCGAGAUCCGCCAGUUGCACAGCUCCUUCUCCGCCCUGCUGGAGGACGCGCUGCGGCACGAGGCCGUGCUGGCUGCUCUUUUCGGGGAGGAGGUGAUGGAGGAGAUGUCGGAGGAGGGGCCUGGCACGCUGCCCUUGCGCUACGAACAGAUCCGCGUCGCCCUGAUGGACGCGGCCAGCGGGCUGCGGGAGCAGGCUUUAGGCUGGGACGCGUUGGCCGCCAGGGUGACUGCCUUGGAACAGGCCUCGGGGGCCAGCGGGCAAACCGCGCGUUUGGAGCCCAGCCGGGAUGCUUCACUAGAGGAGGUCAGUGCGCUGGACCUGGCUGGGCUGGCACAGGAGCUCCAGCGCCUGAGCUCGGACAUGGAGCGUGUGGGUCAGUGCUGUGAGGCCUCCUGGGUCUCCUCCCUCAAUAGCUCCCUCGAGGGCCUUCGCGGGGAGCUCUCCACGACUGAGCGCGGCUUGGAGAGGCACCAGCGCCUCUUCCACAGCCUCUUUGGGAACUUUCAAGGGCUCGUGGCAGCCAACGUCAGCCUGGACCUGGAGAAGCUACAGGCCAUGCUGAACAGGAAAGGGAAGAAGCAGCAGAAAGGCCUGGAAGCUCCCAAGAGGAGGGAUCGUAAGCAAGUGGAAUCUUUAGAGGAUGUGCAUGUCAAAGGGCCAGCGCUCUGGGAGGCAGGCUCCCCUGUGGCCUUCUACGCCAGCUUUUCAGAAGGGACCACUGCUCUGCAGACAGUGAAGUUCAACACUGCUUACAUCAACGUCGGCAGCAGCUACUUCCCUGAACAUGGCUACUUCCGAGCCCCUGAGCGUGGGGUCUAUCUGUUUGCAGUGAGCAUUGAAUUUGGUCCGGGACCAGGCACCGGGCAGCUGGUGUUUGGAGGUCACCAUCGGACCCCCGUCUAUACCACCGAGGAGCAGAGGGGUGGGAGCCCAGCAACAACCUUUGCUAUGGCUGAGCUGCAAAAGGGUGAGAGAGUGUGGUUUGAGCUAACCCAGGGAUCAAUAAUGAAGAGAAGCCCUCCAGGCACUGCAUUCGGGGGCUUCCUGUUGUUCAAGACCUGAGUACCAAGCACAGCUCUGACCAGACACUGUGGACUUGUCCAGCUCUCCUUGGCCUGGGACUCAGGCCAGGGUUGGUCUGGAGACCAUCCAGUUGGUCUAGCCUUUCCCUGGAAACCUUCUCCAAAGACAACGUGGUAUUUGUGGCCGCUCUCUAGAUGCACUGGGUCUGGCUGUUUCUUAAUGAGAAAGACUGGAAUGCUUCUCUCCGGGCAGGCCCUGGCCUGGGGUGUGUGACUCUUGGCUCGGUCUGCCUUCUGAGGCAGCACAGCUUGGACUCCAGUUCUUGGCCACACCGUGUUCUGCAGCUUCUUCGGUGUUUGGCUCCUCCUGUGGUUGGAAACUUACAUACAACACUUUAAACCUUUCUCCUGCUUCCUCUUCAUCUUAUGCUAGAAACCAUUCUUUCCCAAAAAGAAUAUGUUUAAAUGGAAGUGACAUUUGGGACAAAACUGGAAGCUACUCUCUACCCACUACGGAGCAGUAGGAGGAAACCAACUGUUUGGUGACUACCAGUCAAAAGUGGAGACAAAAGACCUGGUUGACUUAAUCAAGGGAAACACAAGUUAGUACCUUUUCCUUAGUUUCAGUCCUUCCUUGAAUUUACCUUGUAACUUUAACUUUACUCCCUUUUCUCCCUGCCUCACACAGGGUAAACGGGCCAAGCCAUGACAAACACGAACUAAAAGUGUAUCACCUUUACCUUUUUUGCUUUCUCCAAUAGCUUAUGACCACCCCGGUUCUCAUUAUCAUUUCUCAACAAGAAGGUAGCUGAAAGAAGAGAAGGAAGAUGGUAAAAUCUCCCUCAAUGAAUUAUCAACUUUGGAAUAAAGUGAUGCCCUUCAGAUCUGGCUGGUUUGCAAAGCAAACCAGUAUGGAGAACAAAAAAUUUGGUGAAGUAGGUAGAAAUAUGGGGCAAAGUCAAACUAUUUGGGAUGUGACUUCACAAUUUCAGUUGUUAACACUACCUAAAACACUCAGAGGCCGCUGCAGUAUCCACAGAAUACUGAAUUACAGAGUACAGCUUAGAGUUGUAGUUAUUCCUACAAUAUUAAUGUAUGGUUUUCAGAAAGUUACAGAUCCUGAAGAGAACAGGCUUGAGAAAGCAGUCAUCUACUUGUCAGAAAACAUUUUUAUUUUGCUAGUAGGUAUCUGUUAUUUGUUGGAUAUACCUUUGUCCAUAAGAAAAUCAGAUUGGUCUGGGUGAUGAAAAAGGACAGAGUUGCCUGUGCGGGUUAACAAGGUUCCCGGCCCCUCUCAUUGUUUCCAGGGCUCCUGAAUUCAAAUAAUUUGUCCCUCAGAAUUUCUAAGCUUGGUGUGCUCAAUGUGCUAAAAUAUCAGUGUUAAAAGGAACAAUAUGCCAGGCUACAUUGCCACUGACAGUUUGACCUUGGGGUAAAUCACAACCACUCUUGAACUUUUCCACCUAUGUAUGGGGUGGUCAGUCUUAACAACUCUAAAUGUUCUGGUGUUUUAUUAUCUUGACCACAGGUUCGACUCUCGAUUCCUUUGCCCUUCCUUCUGGCCAGGGCCUCCUGCUACUGCAGCUCAGCUGCAAGAGUAAUCCUGACACCAGAUAUGACGUAUUAGGGCCACUCCUGACCAAAGACUGGAAAGCCAGUACCAGGCCACCCUUGCUGCUAGGAAGACCAUGCUGUCUUCUUUCUGUUCAGUCCUGCUGUUACUGGUCAGGCUGUGCUGAUGACGAAGUGAGACAUUUAGGGUAACACAGUCUUAUUUAAGACUUUCAUUUGGAAUUUACUGCACAUAAUAAGCAGAGUGAACUGACAUCCUCUAGAAGGGGCACAUGUCCUUCAACCCACAUAUGGCUGGUGCUUUUUAACAGGAAGGUUAUAAAUGAAAAGUGCUAACUGGUAAACUCUUCCAGAAUCAUGGAUAAACCACUCCUGAAGUUUCUGGGGUAAGAACUGGAGACAAUGGUUCUUUCAAAUAGAGCGCUUUCCGUGCAAAUUUCACAAAAUCUUAAUAUCAAGUUUAAGUAUAAAUCUUGUUUAAAUAUUUCUGUAACUAGGACCUCAGAUUAUCAAGAAUUCUGAAGUUCAAUGGAUCUAUUUUCUUUUUAUGAUUUUUUUUUUUUAAUGUGGACCACCUUUAAAGUCUUUAUUGAAUUUGUUACAAUACUGUUUCUGUUUUUUGGGGGUCUUUUUUUUUUCUUGGUUUUUUGGCCAUGAGGCAUGUGGGAUCUUAGCUCCCCAACCAGGGACUAAACCUAUACUCCUUGCUUUGGAAGGCAAAGUCUUAAUCACUAGACUGCCAGGGAAGUCCCUAAUGGAUUUCUUAUUUCUUCCAUUAAUGUCUCUGGGUAGAGAGUCUGAGUGCCCCCAAAGGAGACCCCCCGUCACCCAGGCAAGUGUUAAAACACCCUUCAUUUGUGGCAUCCAGAACAAGACAAUGACUCAUGCACAGAGUAUCAGAAUUCCCUAAACCCGAUGGUAAAAAAAAUACACAAAAAUACUCAAAAAUAUCAUUGAAAAACAAGAAUGGUACCAUAAACAUAUCAGGAAAUCUUAGUUAACUCCUAUAAAACAGGAAGUACAAGGGAGAAACUACAAAAUGAAAUAGCAAUAGGAAGUCAUAAAUCAAAACACUUGAGAGAUGGGAGUGAUUUUGGGGGAUCCCUGAACUCACACUCAGCCCUCCUUGGUCUGUGGAGGAGGGGUAGUUGUGGCAGCCUGAGCUAAUAAGCAGCUGGCAACAGUGGCCUCCGUCUGGAGCUGGAGCAGCGCCCGCCCGUCAGUCCCGAGAAUAGUCACAGGGCGGCUACUGACACCUAGAGGCAAGAACCUCCCAUACCCAGAGGAUGCAUGUGACUUUAUCACAGUCAAGACUGCUGAAAGAAAUCCUGAGCUGUGUCUCCACAAACCACAACAUGUCAAAAUAACUCAUUUCAGAAACAUCAUGAAGAGGAUAUAUGGUCUAUUAAAAAUGUUUGUUAAAACUCCCUUUUCCUCUCAUACUCUGAAGCUCCUCUCCUCUCCUAUGAUGUGUAUCUCAAAAACUCCUCUCCCAGCUUCAGACUGAGCAUCAUUCCUCCACGAAGAAACCUCCCCCCAACCUGGCCUGACAAUGACAAAACUCUUUUCUGCUUGUAGAGGUAAACAUGCAGAGCGGGGAAAGCCUGAAUCCUCUUGAGUAGAUUAAGAAGAGAGGAAAGGAUUACUUAUUUUUGUUCUAACAGAAAGUUCCCUCACUCCUUGAUAAAAGCAGGAACCCGAGGAACACAGAAUUGGGUUCAGCAAGGAUUCACAAAUACACAGAUGAGCAACAACCUCAAACUGCUUAACAUAUGUGGAAAUCCAGUGUCCUGAACGAGAGGUUCCAAACUCAACAAACCGAGAACUUUGGAAUAUAUAAAUCUCUAGAAACAAUACAGGAAAUUGGAAAUUCAAAUUGAUUAUUUGCCACCUAGGUCCUGGUUCCUAAUUAUCAUCCUCCCUAAAAGGAACCAAAGAGAAACGGCUAACUCAAAUGGCAGGGGCAAGGAAAACACCAGAUGAGCCUGGAACAUCUUCAUGUGCCCAGAAGUAAAAAGUGCUCAAAAACAAUGGAUAUGUGUCAAAAGGACUCAAGCGCCACCUUGAUGAACUCACAGUAGCCAAGUCUGAGUCAAUUUGAGCAUCAAAACAAAAAAUGACCUAACAGACUAUAACUUAUUGAAUGACAGUCCAUACUGACAAUAAAAAAUAAACAAAAACAGAGGAUUUAUUCCUUGUAGCAGAAUGCCAAUUAAUAAAUGUAAAUGUAAAAAUGGAAUCAGAAAAUCACCAGUCUGUAAUCACUGAUUCAUGUAGAAGUUAUCAAUGGAUGUUAAAAUACAGUCUCAAAGUAUCUCUCAUAACAUGCUAAGUACAAAAGGAAAACAGGAAAUUGACAGCAGGGAAACUAGGUGAGUAGCACCUUAAAAAGGGCUCAUCAAGGACACCAUCAAUGAGAUACUGAUGCCAUGGCAUCCUGGUGGGAUGCCCUGAGGACACAAAUAUGUCCACAAAAUUGCUGGCCUUUAUUCUGGAAACUCUUGGUGUUGCAAGAGACAAAAGCUAGAGAACUGUUUCAGACUAAAAGGAGAAUAAGGAGACAGGAUAUUUAAAUGCAAUGCAAGAUCUUAGGCAGCCUAUGGACCAGGAAAAUGUGCUCAAGGACUUCACUGAAACAACUAGCAAAACCUGAAUAAGGUCUGCAGACUAUGGUAUUGCUGAUAAUCAUUAUGGUAUAAAUGUUAACUUUCCUGAUUUUGAAAACUGUAUAUAACUGGCUAGGUAACAGAGUAUCUCUGAAGGAUUCAGGGGUAAAGAGGUAUGACCUCUGUAAUUUACUCCAAGUAGUUCAGAAAAAAGUAUAUGUGGAUGUCUGUACACACAUUCCAAGAUGAGCCUCUGCAAUUCUUGUAUACAUAAAGAAUGGCAAAGCAGCCAUGACAAAAUGUAAGUUUAUAAAUCUGGAUGAAGUGUAAAUGGCAACUUUACUUCGCAAAGUUACUUUUGCAACUUUUCUUGAAGUUUGAAAUUUUUUCAAAAUACAAAUAAAGUUGAAAUAAAAUUUG